UGAACGACUACAUUUGCUCUUCCUAGUCGCGAGAGAACGUCGCAAUUGUCCAGUUAACUGCUGAACGUUGAACACGAUGGCUGCCGUCCCACCAACCGCUCAAGUCCCGUCGUGGAUGACGAAAGAGUAUUUCGAUGAAGUUGUGGCCAAAAAGUUUGGCUUGUGCGAAGAUGAUUUCACAAUUGACGCUCUCGACGUUAAGCCGGCCACGGAGGCUGGCGAUAAUUUCGCCUCGAAGCUGUACCGAGUGGCGGUCGGUGUUAGCUGUAAGGAUGGUUCUUCGAAGAAGCUGUCGUUGAUCGUGAAGGCCCUGGUCAAUAUGGGCAUGGCCGAGGAGAUGAUCCAGAUGAUGAAUGUGUUCCCCAAGGAGAAGGAAAUGUACGCGGACAUUAUUCCGGCGUUGGAGCAACUCUACCGGGAGAAGGGAAUCUACGUGGAGUUUGGACCAAAGUGCUACAAGAACGAGACGCGACCAACGGACAGUCUGGUGCUGGAAGACCUCAACGAUCGACAGUUUAGGAUGGUAAACCGGCGCGAAGGACUCGACCUGGAGCACACGAAAGUGGUUCUGAAGAAGUUGGCCCAGUUUCAUGCGGCAUCGGCCGUGCUGUUUGAGCAGAAAGGUCCCUUCAGUGCCGUUUUCGACGAGGGAAUGUACAACGUGAGGUCGAAGGCGAUUUUUGAGGCGCACAUGAGACCGCACAUGGAAACGUCGGUAAAAAUGGUGCGUUUGUGGCCGAAUGGAGAGUACUAUGCUGAGAUUAUGCAAGACUUCUCACUAUCAAUGCUGGACGAACUGAUCAAAAUCAGUCGCGCCAACCCAAACGGCUUCAACGUGCUGAAUCACGGCGACGCAUGGUGCAACAAUCUGCUCUUCCAAUACAAUGCCGACAGCACCAUCGCCACCCUAGUUCCGGUAGACUACCAGAUGUGCGUAUGGGCCUCACCAAGCCUGGAUCUGCUGUACUUUAUCUUUACCUCUGUGCGAGGGGACAUCCGGCUGCCGGAACUGGACAACCUGAUCAAUUUCUACCACCGCAAUCUGACGAACAAUUUGAACUUGCUCGAGUACUCGAAGCCAAUUCCGUCCCUGAAGGAACUCCACCUGGACUUUAUCGAUCACAUCGCGUACGGAUUCGCGGCUUGCUUCGGAGUGCUUCCGAUCUGUCUGAUGGAGAAGACGGAGAAUGCCUCCAUUGAUACGAUGAUGUCGGCUGACGACGCGGGCAGGUUGUUCCGGGAGAAGAUGUUCAGCACACCGGAGUAUGUGCGGCAGAUGACGGAACUGUUGCCGUUCUUCUGCGAGUACGGUGCCUUUGAUAUUCGUCACAGUGGGUACCAAACUCCGAGCGGGGUUUGUAGUGAUUACCUGAACCUGCCCGGUUGGUUCCGGCGGGAGUUCUUCAACGACGUCGUUGAGAAAAAGCUUCACCUGCGAAAUGGGAACUACUACAUCACGAAGCUCGAGGUGAGCAUCGCCACCAGCAAGGGAGACAACUACGGGUCGGUCAUGUAUCGCUGCAAGAUUAACGUUGAGAACAAGGCGAACAAUUCGGAAGAGUCAUUUUCGGUGAUUGUCAAGACCAGGCCAACGGGGAUGGCGGCGGAGUUCAGUGAUGCGCUGAAUCCGUUUGCCAAGGAGAUUGAGAUGUACGAGAAGCUAAUACCGGCCUUUGAAGCACUGUACCUGGACAAAGAUAUUGGUGUGGAGAUUGGACCUCGCUGCUUGAAGACUUGUGAGAAGGUUCCCAGCGAUGUGAUUGUGAUGGAGGAUCUUCGCAGUGUGCGGUACAAACCGGUGAAGCGACAGGACGGGUUGGAUCAGGGACACACGGAGCGGAUUCUGGAGAAGCUAGCCCAGUUUCACGCUGCAUCCGCUAUGUAUGGAGUUCGGAACGGUGGCUUCCCAGAAAUAUUUGCACACGGUCUGUACAAUGAAAAGAACAUGCAAAUGAUGGAGCACAUGUUCACGCCGGCUUACAAUGCUUGUCUCGAGGAACUUAGGCAGCAUGCUUCUACCAAAGAAUACCUGGAAGAUUUGGAGAAGCUGCGUGCAGUUGCGUUCAGCAGAACGAUGGACUGCUUGGUGGUUGACCCUGACGGCUUUAACGUGCUGAACCACGGUGACUUCUGGAUCAACAACACCAUGUUCCAGUACGGUAGUGACGGUUGCUUGGAAGAUGCUGCGCUUGUUGAUUUCCAGAUGUGCUUCUACGGCUCACCGGUGCUGGAUUUGAACUACUUCUUGUUCACUUCGGUUAAGGGGAACAUCAAACUGGCGAAGCUGAACCACUUUAUUCGAUACUAUCACGAGCAGCUGGUGUCCAACUUGACAGUGCUUGGCUACAGCAAACCUCUUCCGACGUUGAAGAAGCUUCAGAUGGACUUUUACGACCGGAUUGUUUACGGUGCCGCCACAAUGUUUGGCGUGAACUCGCUGUGCCACGUCGAGCCCACCGGUGACCUGAACAUGGAGGCCAUGUUUAUGGACAACGAAACCGGUCGACGGUGCCGCAAGGAGAUGUACGGUAACGAACGGUACCUGCGCUCGAUGGAACAACUGCUGCCAUUCUUCCAGAAGAAGGGAGCCUUCGCGGAGGACGCUUCCGUGUGUGCGGUUUCGAAGAAAACAGUUUAAAUAAAGUUUAAAAUCAACAA